UUUGAAUGUAAAAUAGAGUACGUCAUUUCAAUUUGGAAUUUUGUUAAGUGCGGAUCUAACCUUUCUAGAAAAGUCUAACUAAAUAAAAUGUCAAAUACAAGUAACAAUUUUGAAUUUGUUAAUACUGAAGAGAGUUUUGAUAUCGUGGUUGAUAAGGACUACAUUUCUUUGGAGUUGGAUCCAAAUGAAUUAAUUAUGUUGUCUGACUCAAGCAAUGAGUUUGAGUAUUUCAAUGAUGAGUUCCAGUCGGAGCAGCAGCGUAUUGAUGGAUCUCCUUUGUUUGAAGAAUUAGAAGAAUUUCCAGGUACAUCUGAAUCAUUUCAAACUUGUAUAGUUGAGGAUCAGCCAGAAUAUACCAAUAUUAGCAUAAUGAAAUCACCUGUCAACGACAGUGCUAAUAUUCAAAAUGAUGACGUACUACUUUCUAACAUGUUUGUAUUCGAUGAAGAAGAUCAAAAGUCGUUCAAUUGUGAUGAAGAUAAUGAAAAUGAAGAUAUUUCAGGUCUUAAAAUUGUCGCUCUUAAUGAAAUCAACCAAAACUCCCUUAAUUGGAAUUUGCAUUCUCAAACCCAGAUUAAAAAAAUUAAUGCAGAUUCCAAAACAAUUAAUGUUCCAUUUAGAGGUAAAGAAAGUAGUAAUUUGUACUAUGAAGAUUAUUGUAGUGUUGAUAAUAAGAAAACAUCUGUUUACAUAACUGAUAAUUCACACUAUGAAGAAUAUUGUAGUGUUGACAAUAAGGAAACAUCUGGCAAGAUAACUGGUAAUUCGUACUAUGAAGAAUAUUGUAGUACUGACAAUAAGGAAACAUCUGAUAACAUAAUUGGUAAUUCGGACUAUGAAGAAUAUUGUAGUGUUGACAAUAUGGAAACAUCUGAUUACACAACUGGUAAUUUGGACUAUGAAGAAUAUUGUAGUGUUGACAAUGAGGAAACAUCUGUUAGCAUAACUGGUAAUUCGGACUAUGAAGAAUAUUGUAGUGUUGACAAUAGGGAAACAUCUGAUAACAUAACUGGUAUUUCGGACUAUGAAGAAUAUUGUAGUGUUGACAAUAAGGAAACAUCUGAUAAUAUAACUGGUACUUCGGACUAUGAAGAAUAUUGUAGUGUUGACAAUAAGGAAACAUCUGAUAAGGUGACUGGUAAUUCACACUAUAUAGAAUGUUGUGACGUUGACAAUAAGGAAACAUCUGAUAAUAUAACCUUUCGCAUGGGUUUAAAGUUGCCUUCAGGAACUACUAUAACAGCACACUCCAACAAAACAAGCGCUAUACCCACUUACAAAGAAGUUGUGGAGAAGUUACCUUCUGUUACCAUAACACCAAGGAAUACGUAUACACCGUCAAAUCCAACUGAGUUUUCUCCUUUUUAUCUUCAACAAAUGAAAGCAUUUUCGAAUACAGAAAACGACAACAAUUAUUCGUAUUUGAAUUCUUUGUAUCGAGAACCUAAUGCAAUUGCUGGUUCUUUCUUUAGCGGAUUUUUGCCUUCUGUUAAUCAAGAAACGCUAUCACAGUAUGCAAACGAGCAAAAGUUCAAGCCAAGUGCAUUAAAUGACAUAAUAAAUUCAACAAAAUUUAAUACCAAUUUUGAUAUGGAUACUACUAAGCCUCAGUUUGGAUGUCCACCAGAUGGCACACCAAUAAAAUUAGAAACUAAUUUGACACAACCAAUUGCAGCACAAUUGAAACUCUCUAAUGUGGCAAUAAAGAACAAUUUCCUUUGCCAGUUUUGCGAUCUGGCUUUUAGUGUGCAAAUGGAGUGCAUAAAACACGAAUUAUGUCAUGAUAAAAACACUCCCUUUGCAUGCAAUUUUUGUAGCUUAGCAGUAGCUAGUCGUGCUGCUCUCAUCGAACACAUCAAAAAUAUUCAUAUGAAGACAAGGGCUUAUACUUGCACCCUGUGCCGAAAGGGAUUUAGUCGACGGUCAGACCUACGAAAACAUACGGUAAUCCAUACUGGAGUCCGACCCUAUACUUGUGGGUUAUGCGGGAAAAGUUUUUCCAGAAACACUAACCUAACAAAACACCUUCGUAUACACACAGGUUGCCGUCCACAUGUCUGUCCUAAUUGUCCACGUUCGUUUGCAACAUUAGCUGAACUAACAGUACAUGUCAAGUCACAUAACACAGUCAAUCCGUAUCAAUGUACUCAUUGUAAUGCAUCAUUCACACGUCAGGAUAAGUUAAUUGUGCACGAACAAAUGCAUUUAGAUAUGCCGCAUAUCAAUGGAUCUAAAACUCAUUUGGACAGUAACCUUCCCAGCAAUUCAAGCAAUGUUGCACCAGAGAUUACUAAUGACUUUAAUAGCGCUGUGAAUAAUGUAGCACAAGAAUUUGAACAAAUGAACGGCACGGCGAUGGUUCCUAGUUUAAAUGAGCGGGAGAAAGAAAGCAUUAGUCAAGAAGACUUGACAAGGGAAAGUAUUGCCGAAAACUCGUCUCAAGCAUUUGCUUGUGAUAUAUGCUUGAAAACAUUCACGCGUGAAUGUGCUCUUAAUAAGCACUUAGUUUCACACUUGGAUGGUCUGUUUACAUGCGCUGAAUGUGGAAUAACUUACAAUCGUCCAGAAAAGCUUAAGAUACAUACGAUGCAAUGGCAUGGUAGGGAAAGUUCAUAUGAACUUUUAAAUAAUUACAAUGCUUCUAGUGAUGAUCCUUCACCUGAGAGUAUGAUUGAUUUUGUGUUAGCACAUCCUAACCUUUCCAUUCAAGAACUUUGCCAACAUUUCAACAUAAUACCAAACCAUCAUUACAUAAAUGCAUCUGAUGAAGUAAACCAAAUCUUGGAAGACUUGGUUGCCGUCAACAGCCGCAGUCAAGAAUCGUAAUUAAUAUCAUAAUCUUUACAACAGAAAAAUAUGCACAUUUUUUUGUAUGUAUUACAUAUACUUCUUGGAACUGUUAUAUGUAUGCUGUAUCUGCUAUAUAUAUAUAUCAAAUUUAAUUCUAGACUAAGAGCCAGUAAUUGAUUGUGUUUUUGACCGCAAAAAAUAAAACCUCAAAAAUGAAUAAUUCAAGCAUCUUUUCACAAAGAAAACUCUAUUUAACUCUGGACACAUUUAACUCUGGACACAUUCCUUUGAAAAAGUAUGCCUCCUGAUUAAGUAAAAAUGUAAAUUC